CGCCGAGUGACCACGAGUGGACGUCUCCACUACCCAGCGCGUCAGGAUGCGUCGUUCCCUUGCGGUUCUGGUAGGCCUGCUGGCCGUAAGUCAAGCCCAAAAGGACGGCUACGGCUACGGCAACAAAGUCCCUUCCGCCGGCUCCGGUCUGCUGAACCUUUUCAGCAGCGGCGGUUGCGACAGCGCCACCGGCAUCGGCUGUGGCGGAAGUAACAUCAUCAGCGGUGGCAUCGUUAGCAGUGGCUGCGACACCUCCACCGGCAUCGGCUGUGGCGGAAGUGACGUCAUUAGCGGUGGCAUCGUCGGCGGUGGCUGCGAUACCUCCACCGGCAUCGGCUGUGGCGCAAGUAACGUCAUUAGCGGUGGCAUCGUCGGCGGUGGCUGCGACACCUCCACCGGCGUCGGCUGUGCCGGAAGUGACGUCAUUAGCGGUGGCAUCGUCGGCGGUGGCUGCGACACCUCCACCGGCAUCGGCUGUGGCGGAGGUGACGUCAUUAGCGGUGGCAUCGUCGGCGGCGGCGUUGGCGGCGGUGGAAACGUUGCCUGCCCUGGCCCCCGUGUGGUCUUCGUGCCGCGCGUGCAGACCCAAAUCCAGCAGGUAGUUAGCACGCAGAACGUGCCGCAGAUCCGUACGCAGUUCGUCACGCGCACCUCCCGUGUGACCUCGUUCGUUACACGCACGGUGGUCCAGACCAACGUACAGACAAGAACCGUCUUCAACACGCGCACACAGACGCAGUUCGUCACGCAGCAGGUGGUCUCCACCGUGCGGCUGCCGGACACCGUCAACACGCGCUUCGAGACGCGAUUCCGCACAGAGGUGCAGACUCGGUUCACCACCAGAACGGUGGUGGUGACGAGCCAGGUGGUGCAGACGAGCUUCAGCACCGUCCUCUCGACGCGUGUGGUGCAGACCACCGUGCGGGUGCCGCAGGUGUCGCGGCGCACCACGGUGCUGCGAGUGCCGGGACCGGCGCAGACGCAAGUCCGAACAGUGUUCACCACUCGCGAGGUCAUCAGCUACCGGAACGCGGCGCCCCAGACCAUUGUCAGGACACGCACCAACGUACAGACCCAGGUGGUGACGCAGCCCAUCCAGCAGCCUGACCAGACCGUCACCGUCACCAGCGUCAGCGUGGUGCCCGUCACUUCGGUGGUGCUCGUCACCCGCUUCGUGCCCCAGGUGUCGACCGUCACGCGCACGGUCGCCAACACGGUCACGCGCACGCAGUUCACCACCCAGAUCGUGCCGGUGCAGUCGACUGUGGUACGGGAGGUGCUGCGCACGCGGUUCAACACCGACUUCGUCACCAACACGCAGCAGGUGGUGAAGACCCGGGUCCAGGAGCGCGUGGAGACGGUGCGUCUGCCGUCACCGCCGCAGACGGUGGUGCGCCAGCAGCAGGUCGAUGUCGUGUCGACGGUGCGCGGUGCCGACACCUUCAACACACGGUUCGUCACCGUGAACCGGCCGCGUGAGGUGGUCACCACACGUGUCGUGCAGCAGGUCCAGCAGCAGGAGCGGUUGGUGACGAAGAUUAAGCCCGGUGGGUACUGCGGCGGACAAAGCGGACAAAGCGGACACAGCGGACACGGCGGACACGGCGGUCCUGGCGGAUAUGGUGGAUAUCGGGGAUACGGAAGUCAUGGUGGCUACGGCUACCAUAGGAGGUACUGAGCCGUUGCCAGCUUGAUCAGGGAAGGCUACCGACGGUGUGAGUUGGGAAGGGUCAGACAUUUGAAAUUGGGAGGUUCAAACUUCGUUGCACACGCUGUAUGUACAGUGACUGGUGUCGCGUUGUGGGUUGAUACGAAAUCCCCUUCAAAGAUUGCUUCCACAGAUACUCGAAUGUAUCGCAAAACUGAAGAGAGCAUUGCUCACGUGUGCCCUUGAAAACCAUGUAAUACAUACGAUAACAUCAGAGCUAUCUGUGUGGUAGCAAAAGCAGCGACAGGAAAUUAAACAAGUGA